UCAUCCGUCUACGGCCUGCACCAUGGCCGACUACACCUGCAGGUCCCGGCCGCCAUGUGGAUGAACAUGGGCUACUGGAGAGACGCCGGCGCCAAGCCCAGGCUUAGUGAAGCUUGUCGCCGCCUUCUCGAAGCUGUUUUGCGCGAAGCCGGGUUGGUGCAGCACUCAGACACUCGGAAAGCGCCGCGCCCUACGAGAUGCUUGGUCGAUGUCGGCAUUGGCUGCGGCGACCAGUCCAUCUGCCUCAUGAGCGACAGGCCUGUGCGGCCCAGCGACACCGAGUGGUGGCAUCCAAGCACCAGUGCCGUCGAGUUUGAUUACUACGUUGGCAUUACCAAUGACGCCGUUCAGGCUCGCUAUGCCGGUGAGCGCAUCGACGAGUUAAAGCGCACCAUGCAGACAUUGCAUGAGUCACAUGACAGCAGCAUCGCCGUAGCCUGCGCCGAUGCCGCUGCCCCAGCUUCCUGGGACGACCAGCUCCGCACGCAGAUCCACACUGCCAGAAGCAAAUCAGACGAGUGUUGGGUUCUAGCCCUAGAUACCGCGUACCACUUUUCGCCCUCGCGCUGGCCGCUGAUCCAUCACGUGCACACCCAACUCGGCGCCUCUUUCAUGGCCUUUGACCUGUGUCUCUCGCCGUCAGCCACACUUGCACAGAAAACUCUGCUCCGAUUGUUGACGACGCUUAUGGGUGCCCCGUGGGCCAACUUUGUCACGCCGGAUGAGUACCGCCAGAAACUGGUGGAUAUUGGAUAUCCCGAGGAGCUGAUUAGUGUCAAGGACAUUUCCCAACAUGUCUUCACGCCACUUGCUGAAUUUCUCGAGCAGCAGGACCAAAGACUAAAGAUGUUGGGCUUAGGAAUAGGUAGUUUCAGUGUGGCUCGAACCAUGUUCAAGUGGUGGGGAAGCAGCGGUCUUGUUCGAGGAGUCAUCAUCGUAGCCAAG